GUUGGUAUUAUUGUAUCUUGAGCGUAAGGAUUAACGAGAACUUAAAAAGGAAAGCCCGUUGGGUCUUCUAGGAUCGUCCCUGCUUUUGAGCGUCUGAUAUAAAUGAAAACCGGGCAUGCCCGCGUCGCAUUCAUAGACCGCUCUCGCGUCUCUCUCUCGUGGAUUGCAUCCAUCGCUGCUGGCUUGAGGACGUCUUGCACGAGUUGAGCCACACCCAAAGUUCCCAUCUGCUGCUGCGCUGGGCUCGAGCCGGAGGAAUCGUCCCGCCGCUUGCGGAUCCGUGUCUCAACAUCGUCAAGGAAGCUGUUGGCAGUCUCGCCAUCUCCAACGUGAAGUGUGACCGUGCCAAUCUGCGCACCGGGUCGCUCGGUGACUCCGCUGCGGCGAAGGGCAGAAGCGGGAGAUGGGGUUGUGACGCUGAGGCGUUCGAUGAUGCUGUUCUCGGUCAGCUCUCAGGAGCCCCAGCAGCUUCCUCGGGAGCACUGGGACUUUCUCCCCGAACUCCCUCUGUUCUCAGGGCCGACCAUUCCAAACAUUGGACGCCGCGAGGGCAUCAUGACCGCACUCGCCUAUUCCAUGUUGGGGACCUGUGUCCCGCGCGUCGUCAGCCUUGUCAAGGUCUCGGGGCUCAGUCGCACCAACCAGGGCCUUCGCGAGGCCGUCAAGGCGGAGCUCUGCCGUCUCCUCGUACGUAUGCGUUCACGCCGCUUCUCGUACUACGGACGGCCCACGCAACAGCCAUACGUCCUCUUCUUAGAACUUAGUCCAGGGGAGGAAUAUGCAUAUUGCGCCUCUCGCUCAGAGUGGGACGACUCACGUGUGCACGCGCUGCAGAAAAAUGCCCCGGACGCUGAACAUGCAGUCACCCUCGAGCGAGUACAGAGUGGCACCACUGGCGCAGGUGACUGGGGCCGUCCUGUCCUCACGCAUGGGGACUUGUCUGACCGGAAUAUCCUCGUGGGCCCGGACACCCUCGCGGUGACAGGUUUCAUAGACUGGGAGAUGGCGAACAUCAUGCCCGCUUACUUUGAGUACGUCGCAGCACGACUGUUUGGGGGCCAUGACCCUGCAUGGAGGAAGGAGUUGCUGGAUGUGCUGAGGUCUGUUUUGCGCUGCGAGUGCGAUACUAGGCGCCGGGAAGACCUACUACGUGAAACGACAGUUACGGCGGCGUGGGAUGCUGUUGUUGAUGUUGAGAGAAUCGCGCAACGAUAUAAUGAUGAUUGUUACUGGACUUUUGAGCGUUGAUGAAGUCGCGUUCCUCGAUUUUAAGGUAGCGAUUCUCACUAUGCAAUACCAAUAUGAUGGAUGCUACAUGCACCAUCUCCUUUGUGC